AUGGCCAUCAAAUCCGCUGUUAACAUCUUGCUCUACUCCGUCGCCUUUGGCGGAGGUGUGAUGCACUCCUACAUUGUAUCGCCCCUUGCGUUCAAAUACUUGCCCAGAGAAGAAUUUGGAAAUCUCCAGAACAAGGUCUUCCCAAUCUACUUCAUUGGCCAGGCUGCUGCUCCUAUUCUCCUUGGUGUCACAUCUCCUGUGCUCAGUAAUGUGGCUUUGUCCUUGUUGGGUGUCUCCCUGGUGGCAGGUGCAUUGAACUACUUCUGGUGCUUGCCUACUUGUAAGAGAAUCAAGGAAGAGAAGCUCAAGUUGAUUGCCGACAAGAAGCACGAGCAUGUUGUUGAUGGCGAGACAAAGCCUACUGAUGAGAUGGUUGCUUUGAAUAAGCAGUUCGGAAAGCACCACGGCUUCUCCUCGAUCUUCAACCUCGUGUCUCUCGUCACCCUUGGCGCCUACGGUGUCUUGUUGGCUAGGCCAUGA